GCCCUCCGGCUCUCGCAAAAUGGCUGUUCUGCCUCGUCAGGAAUCAACAGCCAAAUGCACGCAGCGUUACGGAACGAGCCGGAUCGCUCGUUUCCUUUUCCUCAGCCCCUUCAGUCAACAACGCAGCCGCUCAGGACGCCCGUCCCUGCCUCACAGCGGCCCCGAAAUACCUCAGCGGGCGGACCGGGGGGCAGCAGCAGCAGGUACCGAGGGGCAGCAGGUACCGAGGCGCUCCCCGGGGCUGGGCCGGGCAGCUCCGCGUCUUAUCGAGGCGGCCAGGCCCCGCUCCGCCCCGUCCUCACACGGGGCGCACAGCGAGGGCGUGGGAGCCGGAGGAGCCGCUGUUGGGGGGGGGAAGGGCUCAAUGAACAACAUACAGCUCGAUGAACAACAGAAAUCCCGUUCCGAACCGCAGUCCCGGCACGGCGCAGCCCCCAGUCCCCGCAGCGCACCGACCCCCGGCCCGCAGCCCGCACUCACCGUGCGCUGCCCGCGCCCCGCUCCGCGCUCAGCACCGCCGCUGUCGGGACACGAACGGCCGCUCUCGCGAGAUGGGCGCCCCGAGCGCCGCCUGGAGGAGCGGAGGAACGGCUGCAACGUUGGGGGGUGCGAGGGUCAGAGCGCCGCUUGUUAAAGGCCGCCCCUAAGGAGCGUGGAGUGCUGCCUGUGUGAGGAAACAUCUGGUUCCAACCCCCUGCUGUGUGCAGGGUCACCAACCAGCAGCCCAGGCUGCACAGAGCCACAUCCAGCCUGGC